AUGGUGUUGGACAUCAAGACGUUUUCAGUGCUGGAUACCACAGGGUUCCUUCCGGCCGAGCUCCCGCUCCGGAGACUCCCCCAGCCCUGUUUUCAGCCUUGGGAGGAUAUCGUGGAAAACUUGCCUGCUUUGCUUCUCAGCAGAAGAAUCAGAAGUGUCAUAGACCAACUCCCACAAAUCGACGUGGCCGAGAUCCAAGAGCUUCCUGAGCUCAGGAGGGCUUAUUCCGUUCUAGGCUUUUUGGCCCACGGAUACGUAUGGGGCGCCUCGACGCCGUCGUCCAAAAUACCCGAACAGGUAGCAAAGCCGUUGAUCGAAGUUGCUGACCGCCUCGGACUCCCUCCUUUGGCCACGUACGCCGGUUUGUGCCUUUGGAAUUUCAGAGAAAUCAUGCCCGGUCUGGACGAAUACGCCCAAGGCAGGUUCAACUGGGACAACCUCACCACCAUCAACACUUUCACAGGCUCCAUCGACGAAUCCUGGUUCUACUUGGUCAGUGUGUUUUUCGAGUACAGCGGCGGCCAGUGUGUCCGCUAUGGUCUCCAGGCCAUGGAGCACGCCAAGAACGGCAACAUCGAGCAGUUGACCCGGAGUCUUCAGGAGUUGGCUCAGACCAUCGACCACUUGGGCUCCGUGCUCAUGCGUAUGGAGGAGAUGUGUGAUCCACACGUGUUCUACUUUAGAAUCAGACCCUACUUGGCCGGCUGGAAGAACAUGGAAGGCGUGGGUCUUCACCCCAAUGGUGUGAUUUACGGCAACGAAAAGGCCCACAGAACGUAUGCGGGUGGUUCCAACGCCCAGUCUUCUUUGAUCCAGUUUCUUGACUCCUUGUUGAGCGUUCAGCACCAUUCGACUGGCGAGAGACCGGUUCCCGAUUUGGCCAAAUCCGCUCCACCAAAGGAAAGCACCGGUUCGGCUUCCAACGCCUUCCUCGUGGAAAUGCGCAAGUACAUGCCUCAGGAGCACAGAGAGUUUUUGGCGAUGGUGGACGAAGAAUGCAAAAUUCGUGAGUUUGUCUUCCAGAACAAGCAGAACUCGGAGCUCACUCUCAGCUACGACGCCUGCUUGGCCAUGCUCAAGCUGUUCAGAGACAAACACAUCCAGAUCGUCACACGUUAUGUCGUAUUGCAGGCCAAGAAGGCGCCCAAGAUGGGUUCUUCGUCGACUCUCCGUUCUGGAUUGGCGAAAAAGAAGGCUGCUGGUGUUGAAGAGAAGGGUACAGGUGGUACGUCCUUGCUACCGUUCUUGAAGCAAUGCAGAGACGAGACCGGUGAUCCUGCGGCAGGCAGCUGGGGUAAGCGUCUUCUCAGUGACGGUGUGAUGCGUUUGGGAUAUUCCAAGCCGAACGGUAUUAAUGAGGAUUAA